CAAACUUCAGAAAAAGAAAGAGAGAAACCAGAGAGAAAGAGUAGAAAGAAUUUGAUCAGGAAAAAUGGUUAGAACUCCUUGCCGUGAUGAAAAUGGAAUGAAGAAAGGUACGUGGACACCUGAGGAAGACAGGAAGCUAAUUGCUUAUGUCACUAGGUAUGGCUGCUGGAAUUGGCGCCAACUUCCCAAAUUUGCAGGUCUGUCAAGGUGUGGGAAGAGUUGCAGACUGCGGUGGAUGAAUUAUUUGAGGCCAAACAUCAAGAGAGGAAACUACAGCAAAGAAGAAGAGGAAACUAUCAUCAAAUUACACGAAAAAUUGGGGAAUAGAUGGUCUGCUAUAGCAGCUCAGCUACCAGGAAGAACGGACAAUGAGAUCAAAAAUCACUGGCAUACAAACCUCAAGAAACGCACGAAUAAAAAACAGUGCAACUCAUCAUUUUCAUCAUCAGCCACAAAUACUGAAGAAACUCCCAGUUCCUCAAACCUGGAAGCAGCAGUGGAUCAACCAAUUAAGAAAGCUAUUUUUCCAAAUGCAGAAAGUACCACUGCCCUCCAAGUAAUAAAAAAAAGUGAUGAUCGUGUUGAUAAUAGCUCCCAACUUUCGUCGUCUCCACAACCGUCAUCAAGUGAAGUCUCGUCCAUGAGUGCAGAUGAUAAUUGGGUUAAUUUUGUGGAAGACUUUAAUCUUAGUUCCAUGGAAGCAUAUGCAGACAAUCAGUUCAUCGAUGAUUUCUGGACCAAGCCAUUUUUGGCUGAUAAUUCCUACAUUCCAAGUGGGUUUUACACGCCCUUGAUGGAUUCCGAGUUUUUGUAUCCACUAUUUUGAUGGAGAUUUCUUAUAAUGUGAGAUAGUCUUUUGUAAUAAAAACCCAACACCGAACAAUAGGUAAUUAAGUUGGGAUAAUAUCGGUGGCUAGGAGUGGGUUAGUGGCCCUUCUAUCUCUCUGAAUAUCUGACAGUCUUAUCUAAUCAAAAUAUCAAUUUUAUGCUUGGAGAUACAAUGUAAUUCCAGCAUUUUGUGUUUUUUUUUUGUUAAAUGUGUUUUAACUUUGUGAUUAUAAAAGUUCAUAAUGUAAACCCA